GCAUUCGCGAGGUGAGAUGCUUGGUGCUUCCCUCGGAAGGCCUGCAUGUCAAUGAGGGACGGCCAUCUGGAAAUCACUGCUUAAGACACAGAAACCAGCUGCAGCUCUUGCAGCGCACACUUGCUCAAUCACAGGGCAACAAAGGGACGGAUGCUUUUUCUAUCGCUCGGGCCAUUAUACUACACAUAUAUGCACUGACACAGUCUAUUGGAGAGCUGCUAUAUGCAAUUGCUAAAGAAUUGACGCGGUUGACUGCAUCAGACUUCAAUUUAAGUUAUGGAGCUGGAGCACUUUGACGAGCGGGAGAAAGCCCAGAGAAACACCCGCCGAGGCUCCAGGAACAACGGGCUGCCGAGCCCCACUCACAGUGCCCACUGUAGUCUGUACAGGACCCGGACACUGCAGUCCCUGGCCUCGGAGAAGAAAGCCAAGAAGGUCCGCUUUUAUCGCAACGGAGACCGCUACUUCAAAGGGAUUGUCUACGCUAUUUCCCAGGACAGAUUUCGGUCUAUAGACGCCCUGUUAGCCGAUCUGACCCGCUCCCUGUCAGAUAAUGUGAACUUGCCCCAGGGGGUAAGGACCAUCUACUCUAUUGACGGGACCAAGAAGAUAUUGGGCAUGGAGCAGUUGGAGGAAGGGGAGAGCUAUGUGUGUGGCUCCAUAGAGCCAUACAGGAAGCUGGACUACACUAAGAAUGUCAACCCCAACUGGUCAGUUGGGGUGAAGACAGCUGCCUCAGCACGUGGCCCAUCCUCCCUGGGCAGUGCCAAGGCUGGGGCCCCGGAGACCAGGGAGAGUAAGGACUUCAUCCGGCCCAAACUGGUCACCAUCAUCCGGAGCGGGGUGAAGCCUCGAAAGGCCGUCCGCAUCCUCCUCAACAAAAAGACGGCCCACUCCUUCGAACAGGUCCUCUCUGACAUCACAGAUGCCAUCAAGAUGGACUCUGGGGUCGUCAAGAGACUAUACACCGUGGAUGGGAAGCUGGUGACAUGCCUUCAGGACUUCUUUGGUGACGAUGACAUCUUUAUGGCCUGUGGUCCAGAGAAGUUUCGCUACCAAGAUGACUUCCUCUUAGAUGAGAGUGAGUGUAGGGUGGUGAAGUCGACGUCAUACGGUCGGAUCUCCUCUCUGCUGGGACGCUACUCACCCAGAGGAGGAGGCUCACGCCGAAGCUCAGGUUCAGCCAAUGGGACGGCAGGCAGUCAGCUGUCGACUCCUCGCUCAGGGAAGUCCCCCAGCCCCUCUCCCACCAGUCCUGCUAGUCUCCAACGACGCAGGGGGUCCCAACACAGUGGCUCGUCCCUGUCUCUAGCCUCCACCAAGGUGUGUAGCUCCAUGGAUGAGGGAGACGGAGCAGGUAGUGAAGCGGAGCUGAACCUGCUGAGUGAUGAAUGUCCCUCCAUCCCUCCGUCCAUCGCUGAGAGGUACAAGGUGGGGAGGACUUUAGGUGACGGUACCUUUGCUGUGGUUAAAGAAUGUGUGGAGAGAUGUACCGGCAGAGAAUACGCCCUGAAGAUCAUCAACAAAGGCAAAUGUAGGGGAAAGGAACACAUGAUCCAGAACGAGGUGUCCAUCCUCCGUCGUGUCAAACACCCCAACAUCGUUCUGCUGAUCGAGGAAAUGGACACCUACAGUGAGCUUUACCUGGUCAUGGAGCUGGUCAAGGGGGGUGACCUGUUUGAUGCCAUCACUUCCUCUAGUAAAUACACAGAGAGAGAUGCUAGUGGGAUGCUGUAUAACCUGGCCAGUGCCAUCAAGUACCUGCACAGCCUCAACAUCGUGCACAGAGACAUCAAACCUGAGAACCUGCUGGUGUAUGAGCAUCAGGAUGGUAGUAAGUCUCUGAAGUUGGGAGACUUUGGCUUGGCUAGCCUGGUGGAUGGACUCCUCUACCUGGUCUGUGGCACCCCCACCUAUGUAGCACCUGAGAUCAUCGCUGAGACAGGGUACGGGCUGAAGGUCGAUAUCUGGGCAGCUGGAGUAAUCACAUACAUCCUGCUGUGUGGCUUCCCUCCCUUCAGUGGGAACAGUGAGGACCAGGAGAUUUUGUUGGACCAGAUUCUAACGGGACAACUAGACUUCCCUUCCCCGUCCUGGGACAACGUGUCUGUCACUGCUAAGGAGCUGAUUACUGGGAUGCUGCAGGUGAAGGUGGAACAGAGAUACACAGCUCUGCAGGUUCUGGAUCACCCCUGGGUCAAUGAUGAUGGGCGAUUAGUGAACGACCAGCAGCUCUCUGUGGCUGGGAAGAUUAAGAAACACUUCAACACGGGUCCUAAAGCCUGCAGCACCACUGCUGGAGUGUCUGUUAUCACAACCACCCCUCUUGAUAAGGAGCGGCAGGAUUUCAGACUAAGACACCAGCAGGAUGUGAGAUUGAAGCCCCGCCCCUGCCCCCAACCAACCGGCUUCCCCACCAGUGCCAGCCAAAGCUCUGCCCACAGCUCCAAUAACCCUGCCCUCUCUCCCGCUGACUUUACCUCAGAGUCAGAAGAUUACUCCCCCAGCCCCUCCCCCACCUCUCCUAGCUCCGCUGAUACCGUCCGCUCCCCCACCUCUCCCUUCUAGACCCCGAAGGAAGAGAGAGGGGAGAGGAGGAUGGAGGGAGAACGAGGAAGGAUAGGGGGUGCGUGUCCCUGUACUAACACUAGCCCAUGUCCCUGUAUUCACGAACGACACUGACAAGAUGCCUGCCAAUUACUUAAACAUUAAACAUUUUCCAUUCCGGCUACAGUGUCAGUUUACCAAAAGAUACACUGGGGUCAGAGCCAUGCAUAGGGGUCAGUUAGGGUGGGGUUAGGGUUAAAGGUUAGAGGUUAGGGUCAAGGAUAAAGGUGUAUUCUGGAUGGGUUCUGCUCUGGCCCUGAGAGGUUACUAAGGCUGAGAAUCUGUAUCUGCUUAUCUUUUUAAGACACCACACAGGCAUACAAGAGUUAAGCCUUAUUUCAGCAAAUGCUGAAUAAUGAUCCACUGAGGUCCCCUGGUGUUGGGAGGUGAGUACUGCAGGCCAACCAACCUGCUAACAGGACAGCUUAAACUGCAACACAACUAACCUACAGAUCAAAAUCUUCCAUUUAACUUGACGGGACCUCAUACGCCCUAAAUAGGGCAUCUUGAGUAUUUAUGUGAUUACACAUACAUUUUGAAAAUAAUAAUGAUAAUAAUAAUGACGUUGGGUCCUUGAAAAGUGCUGUAUAAACAAAAUGCCGCGUAUUAUUAUUCACUUUGACAAUGUAUGCAUCAAGUCAGGUAUCUAUUUGUGUGAAGUUAUAUUGCACUCAAUUCAUUACAACUUGUACAGUUCAUUCUGUAGAAAAACACUUCCAUGUCAAUAAGACAUGCUGUAUGAUGUAACGUGAAGAUAUAAUCUACGUGUGUCUGGAAGGACAUGUGACUACGGUCAUGUCCACUCCAGGCCACUUUCAUUUAUCCAACUGUCUAGUGUUCAGCUAUUCUCCAGUUCUUGGUGCUGUUGUAGACAUAAUAUACUACACACUUUACAGAGGACCAGAGAGGGGCGCUGGAAGCUCUCCAGGCAUUCUGCGAUACCAUAUCUAUUGGUUGAUUGAUUGUGUUUUUGUCCAUGACUGUUAUGCCAGUGUGCCAGUUCAUGUACAGUCGUCAUUUAAUGGACUACGAAAAAGGUUGUGUAUUUGGUAGAGUAUUAACAGACAUUUUCAUGGCUUUUUACUUUUGUACAUAAUUAGCCUUGUUUCAGUUAAUAUGUUAAUAUGUUGAUAGUGAAAUAAUUACCUAUUUAAAGUACGAUUAUUGGCCUGAACACAAUGGACCAUGUGCAAUUAGGUUCUGGAUCUCUCACCAAUAUUAGACAGCACAGACUUUUUCAAGCUAUUGUUAACUAUAAACAAUCCAUACAUUGUGAAUGUAUGUCAGAACAGAGGUGCUAUGGCAGCGUCUUUCAGUGCUGCCUGAGUUUUCAGCUUGCUGUGUGUGAGCCAGGGGUUGGAACCGGUUCAGUGAACACAACUGAAAACCGGAAAAUAAUGUAGUUCAAAACAAGAUGCCCAGCACUUCAAGCCUCCUCCUCCGCCCUCUCUUCCCACCCACAACAUUUUAGUCACAUCUCACUCCCUAUAAUUGUCUGUCCAAUGCAUGUAAACAACUACAGCUUGCCCACUCCAUAGCAAGCUACUAUAUCCGCACUGAUUGGUAAAGUAAUUUAAUGUUGAGUUCAAUGUUUUUUUAGAAACUAUGAUUGCAGAGGUUUAAAAAGGAACAGAAAGGAACAAUAUAAACUGCUACUAAUUUGGGGAAUCAAUCCGGUUCAGAACUUUAUUUUGCUGGUCAGAACAAUGGAACUGAACAAAAAAAAUGUUUUUGUUAAAAACGAUGCGAUUGGAAAAUACUUUUGCUUCCAACCCCUGGUGUAAGCACAGUGAGUUGGCAGGUCUAGAGAGAGAAGCACAGUGAGUUGGCAGGUCUAGAGAGAGAAGCACAGUGAGUUGGCAGGUCUAGAGAGAGAAGCACAGUGAGUUGGCAGGUCUAGAGAGAGAAGCACAGUGAGUUGGCAGGUCUAGAGAGAGAAGCACAGUGAGUUGGCAGGUCUAGAGAGAGAAGCACAGUGAGUUGGCAGGUCUAGAGAGAGAAGCACAGUGAGUUGGCAGGUCUAGAGAGAGAAGCACAGUGAGUUGGCAGG